AUUUUAUUAUACAUCUUCUCAUUUAUAGUUAUGCAAAGCAAUGCAUAAAAAAAUAUGGCAUUUUGUGAUGAAUAUAUUGAGUUCGAUAAUUAGUAUUUUGGAAAAUUCAUUUCUAAUGUCAAACUUUCAAAUAAUACAGAUGCCAUCCUAGCAGAAAAAAGAGUCCUUAUCAUUGAUGAAGAUCUUAACUUAUUAAGUUCAGCCUAUUCCUAAGACUUAGACUCAUAACUGCAAUUGGAUAUUCACAUAUAGUUUUGAUGUUUUCUUUGUAGGUUGUCAAAAAAAUGGAGAAGCCCCUUAUUUAGUUGCUUAUAAAAGUAUCAAUGAAACUCAUUACUCUUAAUUUGGUGAUAUUGUGUAUUUCCCUAAUUUAAAUGAGACAAUAUUGAGUGUAACUAGUGUCUUAAAUACAUUAUUUACUGUUUAAUCAAAGAAAGUCACAUUAUUCACUUUAGUAUGGGCAGCAUCAGAUUGGAGUAUUAAGACGACUCAGAAUGUUCUUGAUAAGAAUUAUUUCGCAAUGUCAUCUGAAAUCAAUAUUACUGAUAUAACAUAUGAACCUUAUUCAUAAGAUAACAGUUCAUUUUAUAAAUUGAUAGUAGUUGAAUUCAGUUAUGGAGCAUUUUGGGUUGACACUAUUGUAAAAAAUAAUAUCAUCUCACCAUUUAGAACUGGCCUAAUUAAUAUUAAAUAGUAUUAUUCAAAUCUUUAUACCUUAUACUAUCAAUCAGCUGUCAUCCAUUCCACAACUCAAAAUGCAUCUCAAAUUUCUAUUAAUCUGUUUAGUAAUGGUCGUUAGGAUUUAUCCAUAAAAGUUGAAUAUGUUUCAACAUAAAAAACUACAAUAAAUCCACUUUAUACAUAUAGUGGAUAAUGGUAAUCAUGGGGUAAACCUAUUAAAUCUGGAAAUUUACAAGGGAUCCUACGUAGAAAUGUAUAAAAGCAAAGCAUUUUUAAUGUUUAUAAUAUCAUUAUUCCUCCAGUCUUAAAUGAAAAUUAAGUAACUGCCACUGCCUAUGAUCCAGUAGAUACUUUUACAUCUCCUCCAUAAGAUUUUCCUAUCUACUAUUUUAAUCGUGGAUACAGAAUAGUCCAUAGUAUAGAAAACAAUAAAUUAUAAAGUUGCGACCUUUACAACUAUAAAUUGGAAAUGGAAUGA